AUGUCUGUACACCACCGCGUCGCUGUUGCAGACUCGCAGGGCUUCUUGCGUGCCAAAGUUGUUGCAAAAGAACAGCUAUGUUCUGAGGUCAUCGGCGAAAACCAGUCGCUGAUUCGGCAGCUGGAGGAGACGAAAGCUCAGCACAGGCAAACUGUGGAGCGCCUGAAGGCGGAGGCGUCUGCAGUGGUGCAACAGCUACUGGCAGACACUGCUGUCUACAGAGACACUCAUGAGAACCUUCUAAGGAAACUCGAAAUACAUGAAAGACAGGCAGAGAACGAAGCUCGACGCGCACACCAGGCAGAAAGGCGCUGCCAGGAUGUGGAGGACAAACUGCUCGUUCUGAAGAGAUUUGUUUCGGGGCUGCAAGAGAAGCAGAAAGCUCUAGAAGAUGAGGCGCAUGCAUUUGCUGAUGCCUUCCGCACUCUCAAGGCAGCUGUCCGCAGAUUUGCUGAGGGUCUCGCCGCAUGCAAUCUGGAGCUGUCUGAAAUAGAGGCGGCGUUGCUGGAGAAGGGUUUUGUGAAGGAAGUCAGCGCAAAAGGCAUUUUGCAGAGCACUUUGCUUAAGGAGCAGCCAGCCUCCAUGGUGCCGGCAACGGAGGCGUCGCGGUUGCAGCGCGAGAAAAAGAUGUGGGAAAACAAAUAUGUGAGGGUCGAAAAGGAGAUGCGACGUGUGCAGAAACAACUCGAAGAAGUAAAGAAGGAAAAUUCGAGGAAAGCAGAUGUUCUGCUGAAACUGCGGCUGAAGGACCAUCGCCUCAAGCAACAGGACGCUGAGUUUGCUACAGCGAAGGCAAAGGCACGGGAGUUGCAGACUCAACUAGAAAACCUCCGAAAAGAGAGGUGCCUCAUUUAUCUCUUUAAACUUGCCUUCUAUCCUUCCUGUGUUCCCCCUACUGCCCUCUCCUUGCCUGUUUCCACUGUGCAGACAGCUCUACGAGACACCUUAGCCGCUUGGAAGGCCUCUCAUCCUAUUUACAAAGGGUAUCGCGUCGACGCUGCUGCUGAUGGGAGAUCCUCGCGUUCGGGGAGCCGCAGGGGUCCCCAUGCUUCGCCAGUCGUCUCAACGGCCUCUAGGGCUAAAGAGCCUGCAGCAGUUACUGCUGCAGAAGCAACUCGAGGUCCUGUUGGUGCAACGGGAGACUCAACAAGCCUGUUAAAGUUGCUCGCUGUUGACUCACGAAAGGAGGCGCCUGGAGAGGCCGCAUUGAGAAGGUCUUCUUCGGGUGUCUCCUUAGCCAGCAGCAGAAGAGUCCCUUCUGUAGCAUCUGCUGGCUUGUCUUCUAGUGCUGGAUUGAAGCUACCGAAGGCACACACCCCCAGUGCUCCGGAGCUGCUGCAGCAGCAGCCAGCAGCAGCAGAUGGUUCAGCGAGAGCAGCAGCAGCCAUCAAGUCCUUAAGCUCGCCAGCGCUUCCUGCUGCAGGCGACAGCGGCCCGACAACGUCUCUCAGCCGCCAGACAUCGCGACAGUUCCUCGAAGCAGCAGGAAUGAAGCUGCUUAGGCGCAGCAGCAGUAAGUCUGCUGCAGCACCUGCCUCAGCACCUGCCUCAGCACCAGCAUCAACUGGACACAGCACCGAGGGAAUAAGCGAUGCCCCUCGUGACGUGCUGAGCAGCAGCAAAACCCCUCAAAAGACAAGAGGGAGGAGCGGUGUUCAACCAGGAGGAGACGGAAAUGACAGGAAACAGUCGCCGAAGGGCGCUGGCGGAGGCAGCUUCACCCAGCAGGUGACAUUGACGUUGCCUCGAAGUCCGCGCUCUGUAGUGACGCCCGUGUUUGCUGCUCCCCCUGCAACAGCAACAGCAGCAGAGGCCGCAAGAGGGAGAAGAACACCAGCAGCAGAAGCAACACCUGAAACUGGGAUAGGGGGAGCCGACCGCCUCAGUUCCUUCUUCAGCAGCGCCUUCAUUAAAGCGGCUGAAAAGGAGAAGGAGGUGACAAACCUGCAGCAGCAGCAGCAACAUCAGCAGCAACAGCAGCAGGAGGAGGACGCGCUGCUGCUGCGGAGCCAGAGCCCUAGGGGUGCGUCUGCUGUCACCCCCCACAGAAGGACGCCAAGGAAUGGAGGCCCAGCAGACAGACUCCAUCGACAGCCUUCCUUUACUUCUGCUCAGUCUGCAACCAGAGGAUUCCGGAGGAUCCAUGUAGAAUUGCAUGAGGGAGAUGACGCUGCUGCUGCUGCUGCUGCUGCUGUUGCUGGGGGGCACGGCUCCGAAGACGGCCAGCCCCUGAGCCCCAAGAGCCAUAUUGGGCGAGCUCAGGCAAUCGCCUUCAUGGAAGGGAGCAGCAACAGAGCCAACAGCAGAAGCAGCAGCAGGCCUAGAGGAGACACUGCAGGGACUGCCGCGGCGUCCAGGGUCUCAAGAGUCAGCUCUUUUGCCUCAGGGGCUUCCGUCAGAACCCUCAGAAGCCCAAGGCCUGCUGCUUCUGAUGCAGCCGCUGCAGCAGCUGCUGCUGAUACUGCUGCAGCAGCAGCCGGUGGUGAUGCAGCAGCAGCUGCAGCAGCUGCUGAUGCUGCAGAUGGUGGUGGUGCUGCUGCUCUAGAGGGCGGUCCUGAAGAUGCUGCCGCUGCUAUCCGGAAGACAAGCAAUGCAGCAGUCACGAGGAUACACCCACCACCGCCGGAAGCGCUUGUGGCUCCAGGAGCAGUAGAAACUUCUGCUGCUGCAGAGACUAAAGCAGAGGCAGAUGUCGGUCCUUUGCAGAAACAGCUGCAGCAGCUGCAACAGAAGCAGCAAAUCUCACGACGACUGGAGAGGCGCCAGGUGGACCUGCGGGAGUCUGGAGGGCCAACAAGGCAGGAACCAGUAGUGAAAAUGGCGACGGGAGCACCAGGAGCACCAGGAGGAACAGCAGCACCCGCUAAGAAGUCCGCAGGUGUCGUCUCUUCAUUGCGGCAGGCUGGAGCGCCACCAAGAGACGCUUGGGGACACAAAGAAGACACUUCAAGCGCAUCUCUGCAAGAGCAGGUGGAAGAGGGGAGACCCCAUGAAGGAGCUUCACCUGAGAGAGAAAAUGAAACAGCUGCAAUCCUCAGCAACGAUAUGGAGACCCUCCUGCAAAAGUACCUAGGCACCCAAACUCCGCAGACAGGAGACAGUCGUCUGGACACAGCAGCAGCUAUUAACCAAAGAAUAACAAGCAAAUUGCCAGGAUCCCCCCCCCUAACGAGACUCCGGGCAGCCGAAGGAGACAAUGCAGUAGCAGCAACACCAGCAGCACCAUCAGCAGCUGCAGCAUCCGCAAGGACACCAGCGCCAGCAAUACCAGCUGGAGUAGUUCCAACAGCAGCAGCAGCCCCGGGGGAGACAGGCCAGGGGUGGAGGCCUAAGGCACCUAGCGACAGCAGCUGGGCUGCGCAAGGAGGUAGGUCCCGAGGCAAUAUGGCGCACGCAGGAUACACCUCCACAUACACCGUACACAUGAACCAGCAGAGAAGAAACAACUCAGCUGCCCUCCCCACACCAAAGACACCGCAGAAAGAGGGGCCAGCAGCAGCACCGGCGCCAGCAGCACCUGCAGCAGCAUAUAUUGAAGGGACAACAGCCCCGCCCACAAACGCCUCCGGAGACACAGCACAACCAGAGCAACAACAAGAGCAACAAAAGCAAAAACAGCAGCAUCAACAACAGCAACAGCAACCAAUUGUCCGCCUGGGAACACGUGCAGGGAUGCCUGCUCACAUCAUCACGGGGGUCUUGAAAGCUCCACCGAAACUGCUGAGUCCUGGAGGUUCAGGUGCCUCCGCUCAUCUGUCUCCAACUCAUAUCGCGUUACCUUCUCCAAUGUCUGCCGCUGCUGCUGCUGAAGCUGCUGACGUUGCUCGUGCAGGCGACAGAGCAGCCGGAGGUGAGAGUGGUUCCCUUGCGGAUGUGCGGCAACAGAGAAAAGUGACUGCUGCAGUUGACAGCAACAGCAGCAGUAGCCGCAGCAGCAGACCGAAGGCGGAGGCUACUCGAGUCGAGAGCGAGUUUGUAGCUCUUAACUCUCCUGCUGCUGCAGCUGCUACUUCUGCUGUUGAGGAUCCCCAGGAGACUGAGAGAGGAGAGGUACAUGCAGCAGGGCCCCACCGCAAGCGGGUCUCCAGCGGAGACACCCCAGCAGAAAGCUGGGCAAUGGCAGCUCCCAAGCUUAACAUCAGCGCUCUGAAGGCCUCCUCGGCCUCGGGUCCAAGAGGGGAGACAUAA